UCUUGCCUUUCUAUUAAUUUGGAUAUAAAAUCUCGAAGCCUCUAAACAGUGUAAAAAUGAGAGCUUAACGUAGCAAAAAUUCCAGUAAAUGGCAACAAAUCGGAGCCCCGAGAUCCGGAAAGACGCCGUCCACAACCGCUGGGUGAUAUUCUCUCCGGCUAGAGCGCGCCGCCCCUCCGAUUUCAAAUCCAAGACCGACGCCUCUUCAAGCGCCAAUACCCACACCGAGUGCCCUUUUUGCGCCGGUCACGAGCAUGAGUGCGCCCCCGAGAUUUUCCGUUUCCCGCCGGAAUCUACCCUCGACUGGAAGGUUCGGGUCAUCCAGAACCUCUACCCGGCUCUCAGCCGCGAUUUGGAACCCCUCAAUGCUGAACGCGGCGGCGGCGGUCAGGUUACUCUGCGCGGAUCGGGCUUCCACGACGUGGUGAUCGAGUCGCCGGCGCACCCGGUUCACCUCGCCGAUCUCUCCCCGGCUCAGAUUGCUGAUGUUUUGCUCGCUUAUAAGAAGCGGAUCGAUCAGCUUCGCGCCUUUGAUUCCGUUAAAUACGUCCAGGUUUUCAAGAAUCACGGUGCGACAGCGGGGGCAUCAAUGAGCCACUCUCACAGUCAGAUCUUAGCCCUCCCUGUCAUUCCACCCACUGCUUCUGCAAGGAUUCAAAGUAUGAAGGAGCAUUUCGAGCAAACGGGAGAAUGUGCCAUUUGCCAAGUUAAACAAGAAGAUUUGUCGAUUCACGAGUCCAGCCAUUUCAUAUCGAUCGUGCCUUUUGCUGCAACGUUUCCUUUCGAGAUAUGGAUCAUUCCUCGUCACCACUCUUCUCAUUUCCAUGAUAUUGAUCCUGAUAUGGCAAGAGAUCUUGGUGGUAUGUUGAAGCUUAUGUUGGGGAAGAUGGGUUUGCAGUUGAAAAACCCGCCGUAUAAUAUGGUGAUACAUAGUGCUCCUCUUCGAGCAGAGUCGACAGAGCUACCUUUCUCUCACUGGUUUAUACAGAUAGUUCCUCAGCUAACGGUGGUGGGAGGAUUCGAGCUCGGAACUGGAUGCUAUAUCAAUCCUGUUUUGCCGGAGGAUGCUGCAAAAGUGUUGAGGGAAGUGAGUGUUCAAGAUUAGAGGCAUGUGUAUGAAUUCCAUUCUUGAUCUGGAUCAUUUGAUUUGCUUAGAUCAUGUAUACUUUGAAUCUUAACAGAGAGGGCUUUAAUGAAGGAAGAUGAUUCGCAUAUCUCGUUUA